GCAGAGUGGCUCAGUCAGUGUGUAAUGUGCAGUGGAAGCGUGAGGGCCCUGUCCAUGUGCGUUAUGGUUUCUGGUUCUGUUCCAUUCCGGAUGUUAAGGAAAAUAUAGAGAUUUACACUAAAGGAUCUACCCAAUAAACUGCUGAAGGUGAGGGUGAAGUGUGGGACACCCAUUGGUCGCGGUGAUGAAGCCAGUGUACGUGCGGCCAGAGAGCGGUGACAGUGUGAAGCGUGCCACCUGCUAUGUGUGCGGGUGUCCGCGGUAUGCGGAAUACCCUCUGGCAGUGAGGCAGCAGGCCACAGGGCCCUACUUCCCCUUCCUCGAGACCCACGAGCCUCCUGACGGUUCAGAGCCGCCCUCACCUGAUGGCCGCGUUCUCUCCUGUUUUCUCUGCUACUCGUACCUGACUCAACAAUGGCAGUUGUACGAGCGGGACAAAGUACCACCCGUCAAGCGCAUAUACUGGCUCAAAAGAGUGGACAAUGGGCCAUACACGGGCGUGGAGGUGGGCGUUCAGAGUGAGUACGCCUCUCAGCUCCUGGGUCUGGCUCCAGACCCUCCCCCACCCACCGAUAUUAAAAGACCGGGACCAAGUGGUAGCACCAGGGCACAACCGUCACCAGCCGCCUCUGCUGCUCCUCCUGCUGCUUCCAUAGAAGUCAAGAGAUCGAGGAUAGUUCCUCCUCAGCCCCAACCACCAAGUUUGCCCUUGCCGCCCCCCGGAGUACCUCCCCUACCUCAUGGUCUAACAAUACCCCAGGUGGGCCCCCAGCAGGAGGCGCUAGACCUGUCGCUGGAUGGUCGCCGCGGCACCAAGCGUGAGCGCGAAGAAGACGUGGCGUACCGAGACCCCCGGCCGCCAGCCGUCACGCCCCCGAGGACAGAGGUACUGGAUCUGCGGAUGCCCGAUAAGAACGCCACCACCGAGGUAUGUUACGUGUGUGGGGACCACCACAAGAAGGGCACCUUAGUCGACAUAUAUGCCAAACAACAAAGUGGAAGUUGCCCUUUUUUUCCGAGCCUGAUGCUGCACCCUCGCCCCAGUAAAUCGCAUCCUAUGGAGGCCUCGGGGAGGGUGCAGGGCUGCCGGGACUGUUACAGACACCUGCAGCUUCAAUGGGACGCCUAUGAGGUCCACAACAUCCCGCACGGAGAUAGAAAUUAUUCUCUUCGUAAGAGAUCAUCGUCUCUGUUGCAGGACUGCACCGCUUUUGUGUGCUACAAGUGUGGCCGAGAGUGUCCCUCCAGUUCUCUCUGUUUGAUAUAUUGCAAACCUAAUUCGGAAAACGAGCCCUAUUACCCUUUCAUCCAAAAACUCGAUCCACCAGAAGGAGCGUCCCCCAUCUCGCCGCAGGGGAUGGUGCAGGUGUGUAGUGUGUGCUACAAGACCAUCCCGCAGGAGCAGCGCGACCUGCAGAAAAAGAGAGGAGACAACGGUAGCAACAAGUCGCCAAGAGGGAGUGUAACUGAUGGAAGCGGGGGAGGGGAGGAACAGCGUGACAGUGCCAGCCCCCAGCAUCCACCUGCACUCACACCCCCCACCCACCAGGUGCUGCCUCGUGCUGCCUCUACUGCUGCCGCCGAUGGUGAUCCCCACAUGGAAGAAGCCACCUGCUACCUCUGUCACCAGAACCACGCACGGCAGGCCAUGCACUGGCUGGCCAUGGUGGCUGAGGGCACAUUUCAGGAUGGCAUGUACUUCUCUUUCCUGAAGUACUUGCCGAGGAUCGGCCAGAACAGCGUGGUGGAGAACGGUCGGGUGCUGGCCUGCUCUCCCUGCUUCCAUCACCUUAGCACUCAGUGGAACGAGUACGAGAAAGAUAAAAUACCAAAGGAACACCGACAGUUCUCCCUGAGAGCCAUGCCCACGAAUUCACAUUCUCCUCGCCUCACCCCCGGCCCUACCCACUCCUCGCCCGGGACGUCUCCCUCAGACAGCUCCCCUCCACAUGGGUUCUCAGCGGCAAUAGAGGCGCAUCUUAAGUCCUCAGAAAUCGUAAAAAAGGCGCCUCCUGGUUAUGCGGGACAGCCCCUUCAUACCCUAGAGGUGGUGCCUGCUGAACAGGAUUCUAAGGCGCCCACGUUGCCUGUCAUCACCACACAGAACGCCCUCAAUAUCGCCAUCAAUUGUUUCGUAUGCAGCUUCCACUCUAAGGCCGGGCAGACGUACGCCCUGCGGAGCAAACCCCAUGGCUCGGAGCCUUUCUUCCCCUUCUUAGAGAAGCAUCAGUCAGCCCACCCGGAGGCUCGCGUCAAUGACUCUUGUGUGCUGGCCUGCCUCUGUUGCUUCCAUUCCCUCAUUUUACAGUGGCAGCGCUACGAGAAGGAACAAGUGGCCCACUACGCCAGACUCUACGACACUUACAACUACUCUUGCUUCAUCUGUAGCCUCAAGACGUACCGCAAGAGACUCUACCUCCUCCCCGUUAAGGAUUAUCCAUUCCUGAAAGAUCACAAUCGACCAUCAGGUGGCAUGGUGGUAGAUAAUGGCCACUCAGUGGUGGUUUGUAAGGACUGCUACUCCUCUCUCAAGAACCAGUACAUAGAGUUGGAGAGAUGGGGAGUGCCAGUGGAGAAGAGACAGUACAACUGGAUACAGCGUCCUCCGCCGCCAGAUUUCCAACAGGGCACUACAACCAAGCCUAGCCAGGGGCCCACCAUGGGCUCUCAGCCCCCGUUGGUGGAGCCCGGCUCAUCUAGCCCAGGCUUUCAUCCAGGGACUCCCCCAGGGGUCUUGUCCCAGCCAGGAGGUGGGGACAGCCCUAGGGGAUCUCAAGGCCCAGUAUUGGGCUCUUCCACUGCGGCAGUUGAUGGUUCUGGGUCACGAUCAGGGGUGGUCAACUUGUGUGAGGAUCCCCCAUCACCAGCUAGUAGUGCCUUACCCAAGUUGAUUGAAUCAGUCAGCAUCCCUGUAGAGUCAACUGAAACAUCUUGUGUGGGAAGUAUCCCCUCCUGCCAUGCCCCCCUUCAGCUCAAAAUUGGUGUCGCCAGGCAGGGGGGCACACAACAUAACACCCUCACUAAGCAGCACUCAGUGGCGCCCAGUGAAGGUCUCAACUCUGGCGAUGCGAAACAACCAAGACACGCAAGGCAAAAGCUUAUCCCAGUUGACCAGUCCUCCAAGAGACUUAAUACUGAAAACCUUCAUGCAGCAAACCUCUCCAAGGAGCAUAUCUCCUCCAGCCAAGCCACAACCCACAACCAGCUAAAUAAUGAAGAUAAAGUUGCCCACAAGAAGAGAAAAUCUGUAAUCAGAGGGUUGAGUAGUAAAGCAGUGCCAACAGGUAGUACCAGCACCCAGUCCCAGCUUUCAUCAUGCAGUCGGCAGCUGUUAACACCCCCUCAUGAGCUUCAGGCCAAGUGCUCAUGAACCCAGAAAGAAUGGUCAGAGUCUUCCCUGAAUUAACUGAUGAGUGUAUUUUCACUAUGCAACAAAAGAAAGGCAACUAACAGUGUUGGUGGGUUAUAUUUUAUCACUACUAGACAGGACCAGACUGAUGGUCUUCAAAACAAGUCAAUUGCAUUUCUGUUCAUUUUAUGGAUAAAAAACGUGUUGAUUAAACUGCCUGUGAGAGUAUUGGCAUGUCUACAGCCAAAAUAUGUGGCCAAAAUAUUUAUAUUUAGUACAGGUUUAUCCAUGAUGAAAAUUUUUAAAAUGAACCAAUUCCAUUUUUUACUCUAAAAUUUAUAUUGGGUCCAGGGUUUGCUUGAAGCUUUACUUGUAUACUGAAGCUGUAGCUAAAGGCUUGUCACCAUACUAUAAACAAAACUUUGGACUUGUGCAUCAGUAUGAAGACCGUGUUGAUCCAUGCAGAAAUUUUCUAGAUUUUUCAGUUAGUAUUAUUAUUAGAUUAUGACACAUGGCACUCAUUAACAUCUGUGAAAAUGAUCCUCAAAGUCCUGAACAUGGUUUUAAUUGUAAUUUAAAUAUCUCUUCAUUAAAAUAAUGUCGAGCAUCAUGUUGGGCAGAACCUGCAGCUGUUAUACAGUUGAUUUAGAAAGAUAUAAAGAAUUUUAUGAUGCUACAUUUUACUUUGAGCCAAUAAUUACGUUUAUAGAGGUACUGGGUACUCUGUGUGGAUUUUUACUAAGAUGUAUUAAUGGUAAAGUUUAAAAUUUUGACAAAAGAUAAUAUGACUAACUUAUUCACAAAGAUCAAUUAAAUUCUAAUUUAUUGAAAUGUCAUAAGUUAUCAUCAACAUAUUUAAUAAUUUUUUGUUACUAGAGUAAUGAUGGACAUUUAACAUAAUAUAUACUGACAUUCAGCUAAUCUCUGUUGUUUAAUUUACUGAUCACUACAGGUUAUAAGAACUAGUACCAUGACCAGAUCAUGUACCAUGAUCUGAGAACCUUAGCCUCAGAAGUAAACUAAUAGUAAUCUGUAUAGUAAUAGCCUUUAUAUCCUUUAUACUGAUGUCUGUCAAAUGGGUUGUAUUUGUAUUUAGGCAUAUUAGCCAGCAUGAGACUCAGGGUAGUGUGUUCUGGUCAAGACAGGACUGGGCAAUGUGGCAGCUGUGUGCCUGUAACUCAGCAUCAAACCUUAGCAUGGAACUCUCGUAUGUAUGGUAUACACUCAUUCAAAAUUUUGGAUGCAGGAAAGGAUGUAGCCGUGUACUGGUAUAUAUAUUUUCUGACAUUUAUUCUCUAAAUUUCUUUAGUAAAAUUUUAAUAUUUAUAAUGUUUUUGCUUUUUUUUUGUAAGUUUAUAUAUGAAUACUUGAUGAGAUAUUGCCAUGUAGACAGUUUAAUAAUGAGUAACAUCCAUUCCCACUGCAUAAAUUUAUUACAGAAAUGACACUGAUAUUUUGAAAUGUAAAUGAUUGUCUUUGGAUCAAAGGCAUUUCUCAAGUACACUUGUACGAGUGACAUAUAAAUAUUAUUGCUUUGGUUGAUUGUCCUUGAGAAGUUAAAUUCUGUGAGAAAGACCAAGAUUGGGGGAUUUCCAUCGAGUGGUGAGCAUAAACAGGACAUGUGUGUCCCCGGGUCCAAUUGCUUAAUAGUGAUGCUAAGUACAGUACUGUACAAACACCUGCUAAGUUUCACGGUCAGUAGUCCUUUUUGUAGACAUUUAGGGUUUCUGAUAUUUUUGAUGGCCUAUUGACAUUGGAAAUUACAAUUUUAUGCAGAAGAUGCACAUGAUAUUCCCAUAGAAAUAUGAAAAGAAAUUAUCAUGGAAAAGGAUCUAUAUAGGAUAAAUACGCUUAUUAAGCAUAAUGAUGAUUAAAACUAACAUAGUCCAACCUCAAGAAGAUAUAUUUAUUGUCAUUUAGUAGAGUAUGUUGCAGUUAAUGAGGGUGUACUGUUGAACUAACAACUUGGUGGAACUUACACCAGAGUUAGUUUUAAAUUAAAUUAUACCACUCAUCAGUGAGUUAGAUGAUUCACACCUCAGUCUUCCCCCAAAAGAAACUGAAAUUCAUACAUACCCUUGAUGUUCUUCUUGCCUCAUCUAGGAUGAAUUACCUCCCUUCUUCCAUGCCAGCAUAUAUCUACUGUGUAGAUCAGCAGCUGUCACAUCUUGUGGUCCCUCUCCUUAGUUUCUUUAGAGUUGCUUUUGUCCUAGAUGGAAGCUGUAACCACCUCAGGACAGUAGAAGGCUCCGAUUAGGACCUGGAGAUCAUAUAGUAUUGCUCAUGAACACAAAUAUUUCAUCAUUAGAUCAAACAAUUUUAAAUCUAUCAGUGGCAGAACCAGGCACCAAUCUUGGGGGGAGUGCAAACCUGAUGCAACAGUACCACAUACCGGUACCCAAGUCAUGUGUGGGGGGGGGGGGGGUGUGUGCAAGCACCAAAGGUGUGAGGCAAUAAAAUUGGAGAUCUGGAGUGAGCGAUAGCUCCCCCAGCAGGAGAGGCAUUUUUUUAAACAUUUUGAGACAAUUGGUUGAUUUCAUGAUGAUUUACUGUAUAUUGUAAACCUGUAAGCAGGAGAUCCUGGCUUCCAUGAUUCAUAUAAGGAAAAAAAGUCUGAUGAUAUGAGGAAGAGCUGUGUAUGAGUCUUGUUCACCAUCCACACUGUAAUUAUUUCCUUUCAGUCAUACUGACAUAUUUGUCAUAAUAAUGAUAAGGCUACAUUUUGUCACAUUUUUUAGUAAAUAAAAAAGACAUUGCUGUAAUUCCUGACAAAAUCAUAAAAUAAUGAAAACCCAACAUGAACAGUAAUUACUGAUUUGAUUUAUUUCAUUGUUAGAAACUAAAGUUUGUUACUCUCAACUGGCAUUUAAUAUCUGAUAAUAUGAAACAUUAUAUGAUGCUAUGUCAGGUUUGUUCCCCCUCCAGAUUGGUGCCUGGGUUCGUCCCUGUCUUUAUAUCAUAAUUGCUUAAGAGUUCUUCAGUACAGGUACUGGUAUACAGUAUUGUACUUACAGGUGAAUCAUAGUUCAUUUACACAUAGCUAUUCACAGACUAUGAUUGAUUAAUAAGGCAAUAUUUUUUUUUUCAUACACAUUGUACCCUCAUUAAAUCGGAACGUUAUAAUUCGGAUUUUGGCUUACAGUUCAUAUGCUUUUGUUUGUUUUUAAAAAAUGAAUUAAACGAUUUGAAGAGAAUAACUGAGCGGUUCCGAAAAGUCAAUUAUUAUUGGAAUGUUAUGAAAUAGAUUAAGAUGAAUGAAUUAUAGGAAUAUAUUAUGAAUUAUAUUAAGAUGUUGUACAAAACUACGUUUGGGUGCAUAGCUGGGGAGAGGAGGUGGCGGAGGAGGAGGGAGGAGAGGACAAUUCACCUCCUGUGCUCUUAAACAGCGAUCUAUUUAUAAUGACAGUACACAAUAAUUCCCAUGUUGUUUAGGUUCAUUUGGUGCUGGGUUAAUUUUCCCCCAAACAUCCCACACUCAAUCCCAGAUGAGCUGUGGCACCAUAGUAAAUUUCCAGUCUCUUGUUUACAGAGCAGUAACAGCUGAUCAUUCCUGCUUUCCCUCAUAAUGUUUCCAGCACUCACCAUCUCUCAAUCACUAUCAUUGUAACUGCUCAAGGGGGGGUUGGUGCUUACCACAGGAUCUGUCUUGGGCACUUAACAAAUAAUAUUGUAGCGUAAAUAUCAUUACUUAAUAAAUAUUAUGUAGUGUAUAAUGCAUCUCCAUAUGCCCUGGUUUAUUCAUUGAUCAGUUGUCACGCCAACUCACCUCCUGCCUCGUCACUUUACCCUCUUGUCAUCUUACCCUGCGCCUCGUCAGCUCACCUCGCAGUGUUACAUUUAUUUAUUACUGUAUUAUUUACUUUAUUAUUACUGUAUGUACAUUAAAAAAAUAUUUAUGUUUUCACAGUAAUUAUAAAUAAAUCAUGUUAUGUGGCAGCCAAGGCAAGGCGCAAAAUCUGAACAGAAAGUGAACGAAUAAUCAAACUAAAAAAUUAGGAAAUUUUUAAUAAUGUUAAAAUAUUCUGAACUCGGUUAAUUUGGGUUUUUCAGUAAUUCAAGUGACCCAGAGCCCCUUUUUUAUGUCGAAUUAAUGAGGGUAUAGUGCAACUUGAUGUUUGUUGCUCAGAUAGUAAGCAUUGAAUUGUAAUUAGAAAUAUAUGAGGUAUUUUUUAAAUCUUUAUGAAAAUUUCAUAAUAUUCGUCUGCAGUUUUUAAGAUAAAACAAAUGUAGUCACGUUCCAAAUGAAUUUGUCUGUAUAAUUUUUGGUUCAUUGAAAUUUCAUUUAUAUAAACCCUUUAUAGAUUUUCCAUUGCCUGUAGGGUAUUGUAUCCUCAUUGAUCACAUACUGAAGUAACAAGCUGAAUAACAGAGAAUAUGAGAAAAUAAAAGAUCAUAUAAUGUAAGUCUUCUGGCAUUGACUUAGUAUGAAUGAAACAUAGAGUUAUCAGUGUAAUCCUGACUCAGCAUACACACACACAUAGUGACAACAGUGAACCUUUAUAUGAUUUUGGCUCUCAACCAAACCUUAUGGAUUUCUGAUGGUUUUAGAAAUUGAAAUCUCACAGUUAGAGGGAUUGUCACAAAUGAAGUGAAAACUGAUUUAACUUAAACCAAAGCAAAGGUGUUACCGAGUUGUGGCUUUAUGUAUGAGGUUAUCAACAUAUACAUGGAUCACGCACACCUACAGUGAUUUAUUUGCAUGUGUGUGUGUGUGUGUGUGUGACUCCAGGUGGAUAUUUACUUUAGUUGGAAGAAUACUGAUGACUGAGUAUUAUAGAUUUGUAGGAUUGGACAGUACUAUAAGAUAUAAAUGACCUCUUUUAUGAGUUAUUGAGGUUGGACUGUGUUUUCAUCCAUAAGAGUUUCUCAAGAAAAUAUUUUUACUUGUCAUAGAAUAAUGGCACCUUAAUGUAAGAAAAGAUUGAAAUAGUUUCUAGGUGAGCAAAAUUUUUGAUACAGUAUACUCUGUACUGUACAUAGAAAGGUGACAUUAGUUUAGACUGUGUUUUUUUUCAGGAAAAAUGUAAUUAAUACAAUGAAGAAAUAGAGGGUUUGAUUUUAUGAUAAUUAAACAUACAGGUAUUGAUAAUGGAAAUAAAUGUGUACAAAAAAUAUUGUUACUGUAUACAGUACAUCACUGUGAAAAGUUAGUAUUUGUAAAGCACUAUCAAGGUCAGACCGUAAGUUUAGGUUAAGGGAGAUGAAUGGUCUCUUAAUUAGUAUUAAUAGUUUAAUAUGUUAUUAUAUUGUUAAAGAAGAUUUUUUGACCAAAUUUAAGAAUUUUUUAACAUUGAAAAUCGAAUGAGCUCUUGACCUAGUUCUCCAGUAGUAUAAUUUAGAGCCCAAGGAAAUAGUUCCAUUUGUCAUGAGGAAUCUCAGUAUACAUUGGCCUAAGUGGUUUAACUGAAAACAAAAUUGUGCAUUGAAACUGAAAAUGUAAAAGUUAACUUAAAACAGUGCAAGAGUGAUAAUGAUGUUGAAAGUGAGAUGGAAAAUUCCUUUUGUGGCUUUACUGUGAUUGGGCAAUGUUGAAGGGCCGUUCAGUCAACAGUUGACUAAAGGAGCAUGUGGGUUAUGUGUUAUAUGUGCUCUGAUUAAUGCUGUAUUUUGCUAUAUGGUAUUAUGUACUUUCAUAAAUGUAUACAUAGUCAAAGAUAGCUUUUUGCUAUUAUUAAGAAUGUUAUUAGACUAUGUGAGGUAUUAUUGUGUUAACAGUGUUGUACUGUCAUGCUGGAAUGGUAAUGUACUAUCUAAAUUUA